AUGCCCACGCUGCUGCUGGACGUCGUUGUCGACGAGCUCCUCACGCUGAUCGCCGGCUUCCUGCCUGCCCACUCCGUGUGCGCUGCACGAGCCACCUGCCAGCGCCUGCUCCGAAUCGCCAGCUCUGACCAGUUGUGGCGGCCGCUUGCGCUUUGGCUUCCAGGAAUGGGCGCUGCUUAUGCUACAGCAGCACCGGCUGAUCCGGUGCCGUGGCGCGCCAUCCUCGCGUCGUGGACGGCCUCGCACGUGGCGCACGCAGUCGACGCGGCGGCCGAGCGGCUGCAGGCCGACGGCAAGCGCGCACACAGCAGCCAGCGGCUUACGCAGGCGCGCCUAAGGCAGACACUGCAGCGGGCAGAGUCGGCGCGUACCGUGCGCGAAAGGCGUAGCGGCGAGCGGCAGCGCCUCCUUGCCGCGCAUGCCGCCUGGCGCGAAGAGACCCACCAGCCGAGCUGGAGGCUUCCACAGAGAGAGGCCGCGCCGCCGCCGUGCGCGCGCAGCAUCGCCGACGCGCAGCGCGCGCUUGAUGAGGCCGCCCGCCAUGUGCUGGUGGCGGAGGCGUCGGUCCUCCGCACCAAGCAGGAACUGCGCGCGCUGAUGGGCGACAUCUCGAGGAUCGACGGCCAGCGGCGCCAGCUGGUGAUGGCCGCCUCGCAGGCGCACAACGUGGCGCGGCGGUGCGCGGCGCAGGUGCCGAGAGGGCUUGUCGCGGAAGCGGUCGGCCACCGCGGCCGCUGCUGGCCGGUGACUCAUCAGGGCGGGGGGAGCUCGUCCUCGGACCCACGAGCCAUGUGA